AUGUAUAACAUAUCAAGAUUAUGGAAAUGUUUUCUUGGAGUUUAUUAUUUAUCAGUCGAUGAAUACACUGGAUAUUUAAGAAAAGGAAAAUCUUGUGUUUAUGAUAAGAUUAGGGAUGACACUUUUAGAACUUUGGCUACUGAUCAAAGGUUUCUGACAAAAGUUAAUGAAGAAAUGUUAAUUCAAAUCACAUAUGUUCAAGGAAUGAAUGUAUUAGCAGCACCUUUCUUAUUUGUGAUGCCAGAAUUAGAUGCAUUUUAUUCAUUUUCAGCGUUUAUUCAACAUUUUUGUCCAUUAUAUGUCACACCUAAUUUAGAAGGUUUGUUGGAUAAAUGCCUAGAAAUUAUUGAUUCAAAUUUAUUCAUUUAUUUAAAAUCGAAAAAUCUUACGGCUGAAAUUUAUGCAUUUCCAUCUGUUCUUACGUUCUGUGCAUGUACACCACCACUUGAUCAAGUAUUGAAACUUUGGGAUUUUUUAUUUGCUUAUGGGGUACACUUGAAUAUUUUAUGUGUUAUUGCUCAACUUGUGUUAAUGAGAAAUCAAUUAUUGGAAUCUCCAAGUCCAAUGAAUUUAUUAAGAAAAAUGCCAGAAUUAAAAGCAAAGCCAAUAAUAAAUUUAACAUUACAACUUGUUCAUCAAAUACCAAAGGAUUUGUAUGAUUUAUUAGUUAGACAUCCAAUUGAAUUUAGUGAAAUUUGA